ACCCUGUUCCUUCACUGUCCACUAGAAAGGAUAACUUACGUGAAGAUGCUUGCAUGGGUUCUUCUGCUACCUCUCUUUACUGCAGCAAUGACCCUGGAUCUGCAGAGUUAUCAUCACAGCGCUGUUCUGGAUUCCCAGGGAAAAUAUAAGAUAUACUGGAUGCACAAGGAAAACAUAAUCACAUUUCUUGUACAAGUGGAGACCCUGGGCUAUGUCGGAUUGGGGUUUUCUCCCAAUGGAGCCAUGGCAUCUUCUGAUAUAGUUAUUGGAGGCAUUGAAAAAGGCAAACCCUACUUUCAGGAUUACUUUACAGAUGACAACAGAGUCCUUCACAGAGACCCUGUUCAAAACUACAAACUUGAAUAUGCAAUAGAAAAUGGAACACAUACCACGCUAAAAUUUAGCAGACCUCUCCAAACAUGUGACCAAAAUGAUAAAAAUAUAACGGAAAGCACAGUAAGAGUGAUUUGGGCUUACCAUGCAAAUGACAUCAAAAGUACUGGUCUCGUAUACCAUGGAUUAAAUCGUGGUCAGAAGAGUUUACGAUUGUUAAAUCCAGAAAGAAAAAAUGAUGUAUCUGAGGAAACUUUAUCCUUCAAUUUCACAAAUCUACAGGUUCCUAUUCCAGAUAAAGACACAACCUAUUGGUGCCAGAUGUUUAAGAUGCCAAUACUGGACAAGAAGCAUCACAUUAUUAAGGUUGAACCACUAAUACAGAAAGGCCAUGAGAGCUUGGUGCAUCAUAUAUUAUUGUAUGAAUGUGAAAGAGAAGCUGGCGACACGGUACUUGAAUAUGGACAUGAAUGCUAUCACCCCAAUAUGCCUGAUGUCUUUCUCACCUGUGAAACAGUCCUUUAUGCUUGGGCAAUAGGUGGGGAGGGAUUUACAUACCCACCCCAUGUUGGCCUAUCUAUUGGAACACCAAAUGACCCAUCAUAUGUUCUUAUGGAAGUCCAUUAUGACAAUCCACUUCAACAGGAAGGAUUAUUUGACAAUUCUGGAAUUAAACUGUAUUACACCCCUCAUACAAGAAAAUAUGAUGCUGGUGUUUUAGAGGCAGGCAUUUGGGUCAGCCUAUUUCACAUGAUCCCACCAGGUAUGCCUGCAUUCAGCUCCCAAGGACACUGCACUAUGGAAUGUUUGGAAGAGGCUCUGAAUCAUGAACAACCAGAUGGAAUCCAUGUAUUUGCUGUCCUUCUUCAUUCCCACCAAGCUGGCCAAGUUCUCCGUACACGUCACUUCAGGAAAGGGGAAGAACAGAAGUUACUUGCAUAUGAUAAUGAGUAUGACUUCAAUUUCCAGGAGUUCCAGUAUCUAGAAGAAGAACGAACCAUUCUCCCUGGUGACCAUUUAAUUACUGAAUGUCAGUACAACACAAAAGGCAGAUCUACUAUGACAUGGGGUGGCUUGAGUACAAGAGAUGAAAUGUGUCUUUCCUAUUUAAUUUAUUAUCCAAAAAUUAAUCUUGCCCGAUGUGAAAGCAUCCCGGAAGUAAAGGAGCAACUUCAGUUCAUUGGAGUGAAGGAAAUUUACGAACCAGUCACAUCAUGGCCCUUUAUCAUCAAAAGCCCAAAACGAUACAACAACCUUACAUUUACAGAGGCCAUGAAUGCAUAUCAAUGGUCCAAGAAGAAAGGAAAUUCGUUUAAUGAACGAGUAAAACAAAUACCAAUAAAUGUCAGAUGUUCUAAACAUGAAAGUGGGGAAUGGAAUAUUCAGGGAAUGUUGCUGGCGCCCCCUAAGGUAAAGACGUACACCUCAGAAGCAUCAGAAUGUGCCUCAUUUUCUUCAGUACCAUCCUCUGCAAUAAAUACAACAGUUAGAUAUCUGCUAAUUGUACUGAGCACAGUAAUGUAUUAUACAUUAUAAAUGGCAGACAUUGUGUA